AUGGAGAGUGGAACCCUAUCUAAAGCUGGAUCACAGAUAAUGAACAGAGCUCAGUCUAUGGGCAACCUUCAAGUAAAAACAAUGACACAUGGACCUGCAGGUAUCACAAUGGAGAGGUCACCAGACAGAACUGAUAACCAAUUCCAAUCGACCAGCAACCUUCAUAAAAUAUCUGUUGGAGAUAUGGUCAAGAUGUCUCUUAAGAACAAUGAUAUCUUUGGUAUCCAAGGUUAUAACUUGCCUAGAACUGAGCCAUACCCAGGCGGUGCAAAAAAUGCAUUCCCCAAGACCAAACUCAAGAAUUUCGCAGAUCUCGAGGCUAGCUUAACCAAGCAUGUUCCAGGCCCAGGCGAAUAUAAAACUGUUCCUAAAUGGGGAUGUCCUGAGAAGAAGGUUAAUCCAACAAAGAAGAACACAUACAUUGAGCAGAUCAAUAAAUUAGAAAAGGAUAAGCCCAGCCCAGCUACUUACGAACUUAAAUUCAAAGCUGUGCAAGCCAGAACCGUUGGUGGAUCCAAAUCCACAUAUGCUGGAGUUAACUUCAUGAGUGACACUGAGUUCCUAAGUUCUAACGUCCCAGCUCCUGCCCAAAAAGAUGUUAACCCUGAUCAUGAAAAAGCUAAGGAAAAAGACUGGAAAACAAAAAAGAGUGAAUUGCCAGGACCAGGUACUCAUGUCAAUUCAGAAAAAGCUUUUAAUCUAACCCUUGAAAGCAGUCCUGCAGUGAAGUUCAAGACUGGUAAACGUAUUGCUUUCGCAGAGGCAAUCUCAAAUGCAAAGAAGUUUGUGCCAUCACCCAGUUAAUAUAACUUCAAAGAAUUCAAGGAGGAAAAAAUUUGGAAAAGAUUGACUAGCAAAAGGCAAUGA